CACUGAUGGAAGAAAAGAGGGAAAGGUCUCUGAUGCAGGGAAGCAUGAGACAGCUGAGCCUUAGGAACAAGCGGCCCCAUGCCAGCAGCUGCAGCAGCACCAGCACCUUCCAGAACACCCUGGGAUGGGGAAGCCAGCUCACACCCAGCACUGCCUCCUCCUCACGGGGCCUUUGGGAGCCUGCCCCACUGGAAACCCCACUCGUGGCUUGCACAGAGCUCAGGUCUCUCCUUUCCUGGCCCCGUGGCUCUCCCUGCUGGGGUGCCUGAGGGCAUGGUGGUCCUGCGGGCUGGGCUCUGCCCUGGUCUCACCGAGGAGAUGAUCCAGCUUCUUAGGGCGAACAGCAUCCAAACGGUGGUGGACUUCGUGUCAUCAGACCUGGAGGACGUUGCCCAGAAGUGUUCCCUGUCUUACAAGGCGCUGGCUGCAGUGAGACGGGUGCUCCUGGCCCAGUUCUCUGCCUUCCCUGCCAAUGGAGCAGACCUCUAUGAGGAGCUCAAGAGCUCCACGGCCAUCCUGCCCACUGGGAGCCCGAGCCUGGACCAGCUGCUGGACUCCGGGCUGUACACGGGGGAAGUGACGGAGCUCAUGGGGGCACCGGGCAGUGGGAAGACGCAGGUGUGCCUGGGCAUUGCAGCCAGCGUGUCUCUUGGCCUCAAGCAGCACGUCCUGUUUCUUGACUCCACGGGGGGGUUCACUGCCUCUCGACUCUACCAGAUGCUUCGAGCCCAGGAAGAGGAAGAGGAAGAGCAGCUGGAGGCUCUGCAGCGGAUCCAGGUGGUCCGUGUGUUUGACAUCUAUGAGAUGCUGAGUGCCUUGCAGGAGCUGCGGGAGCACCUCUCCCAGCAGGUUGUGAGCUCCAUGAGUCCUCUCAAGGUCGUGGUGAUCGACUCUGUCUCAGCUGUGAUGUACCCGGUGCUGGGUGGGAAGCAGUCAGAGGGUUUGGCCAUCAUGAUGCAGCUAGCCAGGGAGCUGAAGACACUGGCCAGGGAGUUCAGCCUUGCUGUUGUGGUGACCAACCAGGUGACAAGGGACAGCAGCACCGGUCCACCAAAGCCAGCCCUUGGCCGCUCCUGGAGUUUCGUGCCCAGCACCCGAGUGCUGCUGGAGAGCAAAGAAGUCACCUUGGAGAAAGCCACCACCCAGCGCAUCGCUUCCUUGGCUAAGUCACCCCGGCAGCCAGUUGGGAUACAGGCGGAGCUGGAUAUUGGAAGUGCUGAUGUGACACCCACAGAGAGGCUCUAAUGUGGGUGGAAAACCAAAUGACAAGUUCUAGAAGAGCUGCAAAAAAGCAGAUCAGCACACUGGAGGCUUUACAGACUGACUGAGUCCUGCAGCCCUGGGAAGGACCAAUGUGAAGAAGUUCUUGUUUUCUGCACUGGGGAGAAAGAGUGGGGGGCUACCUAGAGAUCUUGCCUCAGCAGAUGCUGCCUGCAGUGGCUGGGCUGUGUGAGCAACACAACAACCAGGUUGUCUCUUCUGCUGCAGGCCUGUCUUCAAGCAGCAGAGCCAGCCCUGUCCUCAGGUAUUGGCUUGGGACCAGCUGUCAUGUUCCUAUACAAACCCAUGACUCCUCGUGGUGGUUUUGUUUCCCCUUUAACUCUUUGCCUUCUGGUCCCAGAGCUCUGAUCGUCCUUGGGAGCAGCCCACAGUGGUCUUGGCUCAGAAAUGAAAGGUGCUGCACACCGCUGUGGUGGUUGAGAGCUGGAGUUCAGUUAAUGGUAACUGCUGUUAACUUCAUUACAAUUAGGGUUAGUCCCCAGCAGGAAUAAGGUGGGACAGGCUGCUGAUGAGCAGGGACAUAACCAGAUGCUUCAUCUGACCUCCUCCACAGACUAACACCAGGCCCUGGAGAGAGCUGCUGGUGUUUUGGGGGCACUGCUGUGCUUCAGAAAGAAUUGCUGUUAACUGCUGAAGGUUAUGGUUGCAUCAGCUGGGGUGGAUGAGUCCUGGCUGCACCAGCUGGCCCUGUCUCAUGCUCAAGUUCCUACUCAAUUGCAUGUGGUGAAGUUUAAUCUCUCUUUGCUCCAGUGCUUUCCAGCUGCUCUUGCCUGCUCUGGGCAACCUCGUGGGUGCUUGUGCAGUGCUGGGGAGGAGACAGGAGGCUGUGAUGGAAUGUGGCCUCUCCUCUUGUUCCCAGGUAUCUUAGACACCCGUAACCCCACUGCUUAAUAAGAAGCCUCUUUGGCAGGUGAGCUGAGCUCUGGCUUGCACUUCCAAGGCUGCUGAUGUAGGUUGUGGGGGCUGAGACUCAUCAGGGCAUGCUCAUUAAGCUACUGAUACAGCAGUAUCUGGAGCUCUCUAAGGCUCUGCUGGGUAAAGAGGAGGCUGAUUUAGCCACAAUUUGGGUGCUAAUUUCUCCGGAGUUAGAUAUAACAGUGUACAGCCCUGUAUUCCUGAGCAAAUAGCUGCUGGAGGGAAGAGGCAGCUAAAAGGGGUGCUGUAGGAAGGGCUGCCUGAGGAGGGGAAUAUGCCAAAGCAAUGUGAGCUGUGGGCUGUGCCAUUCAACAGGUUUCAGUAAAAAUAAAUGCAUUUUAAAGCUGUG